AUGGCCAAGUGGCGCAUGCGACAGUCCGCAUCUGCGGGUGCCUACAUGUCUCGUGCAAUUGAGUGGGACGCCAAUCCCGCACGCCCCGCCGCAACAAGUAGGAAGGCAAUGAGCAGCGCUUCCGGUCAGCAAUUACGGUUGAUCAAGGCUCAGACCGUCAGACUGCGGUGGAGAAGGCGGACAUGGGCUCGGUGCAUGCUUACCUGGCCAGAGACGGUGCUCAGGGCCAUCAAACCCCCGAGGGUAAGCACCAACACUUGCAUGAUGGCGUUGAGCAAUCACGGAGAUCGCCAAGACGACAAGCAGAAACAACCCAAGAAACGCCCAGUGCGAGUAGGAUGGCGAUGGCGAAAUGGUCCCAGUGCGUCACUGACAGACACACACCCCACCACCAAGCACUCGCACGCGCCAACAAAAGAGACGCAAAACAUCAACAAGCAAAACAUCUCUCAAACUCGCUCUCGCUCUCUCUCUCUCUCUCUCUCUCUCUCUCUCUCUCUCUCUCUCUCUCUCUCUACUCUCUCUCAGCUCUCUCACAGCUCUCUCUCAGCUCUCUCUCUCUCUCGCUCUCUCUCUCUCUCUCUCUUUCUCCUCUCCCUCUCUCUCUCUCUCUCUCUCAUCUGUCUUUUUGAAGAGUGUGACAAAUUUCACACUUCCAUGACACCGGAUGUGGAGACGGCUGGGCUGGGAUGCAUGCCCGCACAGGCUGAACAUAAGAGCAUGGAGGGGGUAGGGCAUGUGGAGUGGAAAGCUCCACACCAGGUUGAGGCGUACUUGGCUCAGGUGCGACGCGCAGCCCGUUGCCACGGCCUCGUGAUGACCCGUCUUGUCUGCCUGGAGGCUCCGAACCGCCUAGCUGAUGCCCGCGAGCGCGAACUCGUGGUUUGGCAUACGGGUCUUGGCUUGGACCGAGCCCGCCUUGAUGCCGCCAUUCUUUCCCAUCUAGUCAGGCUUGACAACCACGCCAAAAACAAGUAUCAAGCACCUUUCCCCCAGCAUGCCUGUGAGGCCUCGGAGACCGGCUCAGAGUCAAGCGUCCGCCCCUUAGCCUUUGCAGCUCGCUGCAGCGCGCCACCACACAGCCGCUCAUCCAAGUGGGCUGCGAUCAUCAAUGGACACGACGCUUGGUCCGCAUCAUACAUCGCCAUCGCAUUAUCGAGUGGCUCAUCAACUUCCACCCUGGGUGGUGGUCACUCACAGCUCAGCCACGGCACUCAGCACAGCGCACGGGCUACCUUUCACGGUCGACAAGCGACCCGAUAUGCCCUCACCAUGGCCCAACUGGCCAAGGUUCAGGCGGACCGCAAACUUGAGCGCCGCUGCUAUCUCUACGCCAGCUUGGGCUACUGGCAGCAAGGCCUCAACAGCAGCGACCUCUCGUACCGCUACUACGCCCAGCACGGGGCCAGACCAGAAGAAUUAACUCUUGUGCCUACUAAUUGA